UGGAGUGGCACGAUGAAUUUGACAUUCUUGGCUAUUUUGCUUGUUGGUUUUGCGAACACAGCGGAAGGAUCGCGACGAGCACAACGAAGAAAGGACUCAAAGAAUGAUCUCUACAUUCCGGCCCCAAGUGCUGAGUCAAUCCAAGCCUUGGCUGAGGCCAUGGGUGCGGCUGGCUUCGAGAGUUAUACGGAAGGAAAAGCGCUUGUCAAGAGACUCAUACCAUCUGACAGCCAACCCGAUCUCGACAUUGUCGAACACCAAGGUGUUAUCGGUAAAGCAGGUAUAGACUUCCCAGCACUUCCCAACAUCCCCAAUACCGGAUUUAACUGCAAGAACGUGCCAACAGGAUAUUAUGCCGACUUAGAAACUGACUGCCAGGUUUUCCAUAUCUGUGACACCUCACGCAAGAUUUCCUUUCUCUGUCCCAACGGCACCAUCUUCAGCCAGUCCCACCUCAUAUGUGACUGGUGGUUCAAGGUGGACUGCGCCUCCUCACCAGCGCUUUAUGAAUCCAGCGUCGAGUACUAUUCCAAUGAACAAAAAAAGUCGCAAAAGGUCACGAAAAGCCUUAGCAAGAACGCAGAUCUUCAGCAAAUAGGUGAGACUAACGCUCGCGCAGAAUCAAGGCGAGCAUCUGUCAAUGUUCCCAGCACUACUGAAAGAUUGAUUAGACAUAGACAGAGAUUGUUCAACGAAGCUCCUAACAUACCAACGACAAAGCCUUCAUCGAGAAGCUAUCAAGCUCUUUUCAAUAUCAAUCCGACUCAAAGGGCCCAAGCAACUGCAACUUUUGAAAAUAAAAGGAGAAAUCUUGUCCAACUUAUAUCUAACGAUUUCGGAAACGCUGCCGCUAAGAGCACCUUACCAACGUAUUAUGACGUUUCGACUCGUAGAACUACAAUUCCUGCUGGCGAUUAUAACAGCAUUAGAGAAAUGCAGGAAGCUGCAGAAACUGCAUCCUUUGCGCAGAAUCAAAACAGACAGUUUUUAAGAGACUACAAUAAUAAAAAUUUACGUCCUUAUCCUGUAUACAGCCCAAACCUGCCACCCCAGUCUGUUAAAACUAAAAGUAAUCCAUCCCUAACUACGUUGUAUGAUAUUAAAUCUCAAAAUGGAGCACAAUAUACGCAGGAAGCAACCACAAAGAGACACACUUUGAUCCCAUACACAAAGAGCUAUGUUAGUACCAUUAAUGAGAACCGUGAACCCUAUACAAGACCUGGCGUUUCCUUGCUUAAAAGUUUUAUUGAAAAAGAAAAGAACCGUACAGUUUUUGAUACAACUGAAAAAAAUUUAAAAGUUACAGCUAGAAACGGGGAUGCUAAUAAUAUCUCAUGGAAUACUGCCCCAGAAAGGAAUCGAGAGACGUUUGAAUCGUCUACGAAAAUUCCUUAUACAACAAGGGAUGGCAGAAUCAAUGCUUCAACCAACAGAUUCGAGACAUAUUCUACCAUAGUUGAUGCUUUGAGUACAACAGAACAAUCAUAUCAUGAACGAAAACAGAGAUUAUUGAAUAAAAAUAAUUAUGAUAUUUCUGGUGCGACAGAGCCAACUUUAAGUACCGUUUCAGAAAAAUAUUACGGAGACCAGCCAAACCGACCGGGUUUAGUUGUUCCACCAUCUUUAACGCCAAAAACACUUCACUCCUUAGCUAUAUAUUAUGCAACAGCCAUGGACAACCUCUCCACAGAAAAACCUCAAGAAGAUAACGAACUUACAACUCCAGCGUUUGAUGACUUUGAUACUAUGGAGGACGGACUACCAAAUAUAUUUAGCCGUCAGACGAUUAACAAAUACAGCAGCCUGUUUGGCCCUGGAUCUAAUAAUGAUGAGUUAUUGGAAGAAAUCAAAUUGGAUCCAAAUGGGACUUAUAAUGAAAUUAUGGAAGAUUUGUCUCUUCAAAUGAGCCAAAUGCCGCUAGCGGCCUCUCCUCAGAUACGUGAACUUGCUCAAGUGUUUACACAUGCGCUUUCUGCCUAUUUACAAGAUCCUGUACAAUUUAGAAAAGUUCUUUCAGACAUUCGACCAACUCCUCCAUCCUUCGGUGACAUGUUAACCGCAACAGACGAUCCAACUAAUACAGAACCAACAACCACAAUAAAUGAAGACGAUGAUGAAAUAUUAGGAUUUUCAGACGAACACAAAAUAAGAGAUCCCAAUAAUUCUAUCCGAGAUCCAAAAGCAUUGAAAAUAGCCACUGAUUACACCUUUGAAUCUACAACUACACAAAAGCCCACAACGACGCCAAUUUACUCAACCACAUAUGUACCAACAUCUCCUACAAAUCCAUUUAGAUGUUGCGGGAGAAUAUCAGCGUCUUAUACAACAGCUUCAACACCGACAAUACCAUUUUACUUUCCCAGUACACGGUCACCGAAGUCAUAUGAACCUUCCACGACCGAUAGCUACACCUUAUCACAGUAUGGUGAAUUGAAAAAUAACUCGGAUAACGAUUCAGUAAAACCCUACGGCCAUGGCUUAAUGCCCAAUGGCGCACGAACAAUAAGUGACUACACCGAAGUUACAAAUUUACCCUCAGCUUGGGAUGAUGACGUGACUGACUCAACACUUCAACCUAUUACAAAUUCCCAUCAAAUGUUUGAAAGUAAAAAAAUUAUAACUCCUACUACAUUAUCAGAACCCCGACCGACUUAUUUCGCAGACGCUGAUAGUGUUGAAUUAGAGAAUGAAGAAGAGUUGCAAAGAGCUCACAGUCAAUCAUUCGUGUCACCGGAAGGGAACAGUGUCAGACAAGGAAAACAACUCGACGUGCAUAACAAAAAUCUUGUAAAAAAGCCAUCAUUUGAUUUAGAAGCUCCUACUAUACCUGAUAUUGACACAACCACAAUACAGAAAAAGCAAAAGAAAUCAUGGGAGGACUGA